AUGGCGGACGUUGUUUCAAGCGUUACCUCUCUGUUUUCCACUGCCCUCCAAGCAUUCGAGUUCAUACAGGUGGCCCGAACCUUUGAGAAUGAAGCAGGCAUAUACCAAUCAAAGCUCGCCAUCAUCCAGCUCAGAUUGUCGCGAUGGGGCGAAGCCAUCGGACUCGACCCUGAUCAUGAAGCUAAACCAGCCGAAGCGACUUUGAAGAAUGGCCAGCCCUCCCUCGCCAUCAAUACAGACGCAGAAGCUGUUGAAGAGAUCCUGGACAACAUCAAUCGAGCUCUAAAGAAUGCUAAGAGAGAGUCGGCGAACUGGAAGCCCACUGGGGAUGGCAUGGGCUUGGAUGAUGACGACGACGACCUCCAGCCAAGGUACAAGCGCCUCAAGACCAAGAUCCGCGACAUUGUCGCGAAGAGAUGUCGCCAAAUCACGACUGGCGCUCGCGGCGCCAAAUGGGCUCUGUACAAGAAGGAACAAUGUGAAGCUCUCACGACCCAGCUCUUGGAGCUGAUCGAACAGCUCGAGAAUACCGUCCAGUCGGAGGGCAAGCUCGACGAGCUCAGCCAGAGUGAGUCCAAGGUCCUUGGCGAGAACCUCAAGACCCUUCUCGAGGCCGUGGGAGACGUCGAUCCUCUCCUCAAGGCGGCUGCUUCGGAGACGUUAAGGGACAAGGCGGAGACGAACAACAUCACCAUUGGAGCGACCACCAACUACGGCCUCCAGAUGGGUAUCAACCGGGGCGAGAUGAAGGGCCUUACUUUUGGCACUGGCAACACCGUUAGUCACCAGUGGCACGGGCCGAGUCACCCUCACCAGGGUUAA